AUAAACAAAAAAUAAUAAUAAUAUGGCAAAGGGACACCAAGGCAGAUGCUUUGGAUUCGUCCUAUUACUAUGCUUCUUUUUAAGUUCAACUUUGGCACGCAGGGUUCUUAAGGAUCUCUCCAUGAUGGAGGCAAGCAAGCUAGAGCUGAACCAUGUAGUGAAGCCUGGGAUGGUUAGUUUGAGGGAGCAAGAUCAUGCGUUGUUCAAUGUAGAAACUGAGAACAAAGUCAAGCCUGGCCAUACGCUGCAGUCCAUGCCGGGUGUACCAGAAGAGCCUGAAGAACCUGACCAUACGCCGCAUACGCUGCAGUCCAUGCCGGGUAUACCAGAAGAGCCUGAAGAACCUGACCAUAAGCUGCAGUCCAUGCCGGGUGAACCGGAAGAGCCUGACGACAAGGUCAUGCCUGACCAUAAGCUGCAGUCCAUGCCGGGUGAACCAGAAGAGCCUGAGGACAAGGUCAAGCCUGACCGUAAGCUGCAGUCCAUGCCUGGUGAACCAGAGGAGCCUGAGGACAAGAUCAUGCCUGAUCAUAAAAUGCAAUCCAUGCAGGGUGAACCAGAGGAGCCUGAGGCCAAGUUCAUGCCUGAUCAUAAACUGCAAUCCAUGUGGGGUGAGCUAGAAGAACCUGAUCCUAAAAAAAUGCUGGAUCACAAUGUAAAGCAGUCCAUGCCGGGCGAACCGGGUGAACCAGAAGAUCCUGACCACACAGUUAAGCCAAUGGGGUAUGGUGUAGGUAGGGGCUAUGGAAGUGGCGGUGGCUAUGGAGAAGGCAUCGGCUCUAGUGGAGGCAGUGGCUAUGGAGAAGGAAGAGGAUCCGGGUAUGGCCAACCGAACUGCGGUCCUAUCACUGGAGCUCCAGGUAGCGGAUAUGGUGAAGGCAUUGGAGAGGGUAGUGGCUCAGGCGAAGGGAUUGGUAUCGGUAUAGGAGGUGGCUCUAGUGGUAGUGUGCCAAGUGUAGUUGUCCCAAGCAUAUCAAUCCCUCCCAUAACGGUUCCAGGCACGCAGAUUCCCGGUUUUGUGAUUCCAGGAGUCAGGGUUAAUCCUGGCUAUGGUUCUGGGGGAUGCCAAACCGGUGGUUGCACCCCUAGCGUACCAUAUUACCGCCCACCUAUAUACCAACAACCACCAAGCUGUACCCAUUGUCAACCUUUCACUUCGGGGCAAGACAAGCAUAUGUCAGACAAAGGAACCAUGACCGAAGAAGCUCUUGCUCCCACUCCAAACGAGAUGAACGUCUAAGCUUUUCAGUGUCCCAUGGAAACACAAAGUUUAAUAAAACCACUCAUAAGGAUAUAUAUCACUAUUUUGGCUUUGAAUAAUCUAAUGUUACCGAAAUGUAAAGUUUUAAAUAAGUGAAGUUUACUUAAGAAUUAAAGAAGAAGCAACUGUAAAUGUAAUUGAAUUGCCUAAUAUAUAGUGUGAGUACAAGA